UACAAUACGGAUAUGAGCUUAAUGCAAAGUUCUGGAAUCACCAUAUUUCAAAGGAUACUGUUGAGAGAGGGUUUUUUGUUCGUGAAUUAAAUAGAGGAAAUAUGACAGGUGUAACAGGCGAUUUUGAAGGUUUGGAAAACUUUAAUUUGGAAGACCUCCAUGAAUUGCGACAUGAAGAAAAGGAAGAAGUUAAAAAACAGAUUGAAGCCAUAUAUAUUGAGGCAACCUCUUUGGAGAAAAAAGCCAGAGAAUUGGCAUGUGAUACAAAUUCAAAACAGUAUAUUCUUCGCCACGCACAAACCUUAACAGAAAAAGCAAAUGAGAUGAAAGAAAAGAUAUGCUUAGCAUCAGGGAAAUCAUUCCAAACACCUGAUGAACUACAAAUUGCUAUAAAGCAAUCCAUAGCUUCAAACGAGGAACAAACAUUAAUAGUUGAGAGACUUAAGAGGAACUGUUCAUCCCAUGGCUUAGAAUACAGAGGUCAAACACCAGGGAAUGGGAAUUGUUUUUUUGAAGCAAUCACAUGCCAGCUAGAUAGAAUUGGCGCAGACGUUAUUGCUCCCGAACAAUUAAGAACAAAUGUUGUAAACUACAUAUCAACACAUCCUAGUUUUGAGGGCAGUCAAGGCAUUGUGUUAUUAGAAAACUUCGUUGAAGACAAUUUUCCGGACUACUGUGACAGGAUGUUACAGAAUGGAGAGUACGCAGACCAUGUUGUGGUCAUUGGAAUGUCCAGAAUGCUACAGAGAGACAUAAUUAUUGUCACCAGUGCUCCCAGUACCAAUAAUGAGGAUAGUGUCCUUUGGGUAACUGGUUGUGAUGGUUUUUCCGGUAAUCCUAUUCUUCUUGGGCACAUUUUCGAAAACCACUACCAGUCACUCCAGCCAAAAGGUGACAGUGGCAAACUUGAUCACCACACGAAUGAUAAGCAUGCAACAAAUGAUGAUAACCUUUUUAUUCCUGUUGAUGUGUGCAACGAAGAACUCAGCAACUAUAACAUGACACAUGAUGUUGAAGAUAUGCCAUUCGUAGAGUUUGUGAGAUCCACCUUCAUCAAAAAACGGAAAAAUGGUACUGAUUGCAUUGUUAGACGUUUAAGAAAUGAAGUGGACAACGAAGACGUCAUAACCAAGCAUUUAAUGGAUAUAACAAUCACAGGGAAUUUUAUUCACAGGAAAGCAAAUAAAACCACAUUGCAAUACAGGUGUGAAAGAUGUAAUAAACCAAGAGGAAAAAAAACAGGUCCUUUGAAUACCAGGGCAAAUAAUUGUCAGGCAUAUGUGUCAUUCCAGUAUGUUAUGUUAAUAUUUUUGACCCAUUUGAGUAAAAAAGCAGUAAUAAUUCGGCAACAACUAAAACACAAUGGACACAGUUUACAGAUAAAAGAGGAAAAACACCAAUCACGCCCAGAUCACAGCUUACUGCUUUAUAUAGAUGCUUUACUUGAUCAGGGGAAAAAACCCAUGGAAAUAUUGUGCAAAGCAUGGAAAUGGGCUAGAGAUCAAGGGCAUUUUGAUGUGCACGAUAGAAGAUACUAUCUGACACCAGUUGACAUUAAGAAUAUAUGUCAACGUUACAAAAUGGAUAAAAGAAUGAUGCUGUAGCUGUACACGAGCUAUGCACACAAAUACUGAAGGAAGAGAUAAUUUUCUACCAAGAAUUGAAAGAGGGAGUACAGCCAUUAGUAAUUAUUUACCAGAAUGAAGCACAAAGAAAAAGAAUGGUGAAACUAGCAGAAAAUGUGGUGUUUUUAGAUGCUACAUAUAAAGGAUUAACUGCCUAUGGUUAUUCAUUCUAUGCUCUUGUUGCAAGAGAUGAACAGCAAGGCCGAGGCACUCCUCUUUCGUACUGUAUCUCGUCAGAUGAUACUGGUGAAGUUGUCAAAAUAUUUCUGAGAUCUCUGAAGACUACGGCUGAAAAUCAUGGAUUUGAUUUCCGUCCAAGAUCUUUUAUGGUAGACAGAGAUACCAAAGAAAUCAGCGCAAUUAAUGAAGUAUUCCCAAACAGCUCUGUUUUACUUUGCUGGUUUCAUGUUUUACAGGUAUUAUAUUAUUCAAUAUAUGUAUCAUACAUUUUACCUUAUUCUUUAUGGGAAAAAAAUCAGUUAUUAAAUGAGAGUUAUUCUGUGAAGUUUCACUCUUUUGGAUCAAUAAGUAUUAAUUGCAUUGGAUUUAACAUUUUAUAUCUUUUUUUUGUGUUUAUAAGCUUGAGGUUAGUUUUGAAAUUAAUAAAUAGACUCUUUCGCAUUAAUACUUUCAUAGAUCAAAUAUUAUCUUGUUGAAAAAUAAUUAGUCAUGAUAUAUUCAAGACAAUGUUUAAUUAUUAUUAUCAAGAAUCUUUAAGACAUGAACUAAAUAUAAAUGAUUUGAUUUACAGGCUGUGUACAGAUUUUUGAAUAAAAAAGAAUCUGGUGUAUCAGGACCCAUGCACGCACAUACCAGAAAAAAAGUUAUUGACUAUAUUAGAACUAUGAAAAUAUGUACCAAG